AUGCAGGCCAACUUACCAAGGAUUGAUACAUAUCUUGACAACCCGAAAUUGCCGUGUUGGGAGAGCAACCAGCAGCUUCUGUACAAAACCUGGAAAGAAGCCUGGGACAACGGGUACUACCGUGGUGGUGGUGAACCUUCCAAGCCCAUCGGUCUCGAUCGUGGGGGAGAAAGACGCUGGGAGGACCACGCAAAGCGAAUAUACCAAAAUGUGACCUCGAAACCGCAGGAAUGGAAACGAUAUCGACAAGAGUACGAAAAACGGUCAAGGAAUGAUCCUGCUUGUAUAGCCGCAGAGAGAGCAAUGGCCGGACACAGCACACAAUCAUCCUCGGAAAUCGGUCGAUCUGAUAGCAGUGCUAGAAAGCGAAGAGAUGCGGGCGUCAAUGGGUCAAACAGCCCUGGAGCGAGUACAUUGCUCUCAUCUCGACGAUACAGGCCUGGACAGGGUCUGCUCAACAAGACACUGCGGGCCUCGACGCCCACGCGCAUCCCUGGGCCUCUUCAUUCCCGCGGCCAGCAGACAGAGACUGAUGCAGCUCACUAUGCCUCCCUUUCUCCUGAAGACACCUCAUCGGAGACGUAUGGCGCGUUACCGUCGUCGUACAGAAAACUAAGGAAGGCAAGAUCUACGCUCGCACCACGUCACGGAGGUCCACGCGGCGGACAAGGGUCAUGGCUGACUCCUCGUGGUACAAACCGAUCGCUCAGGAGCGUCACAAGCUCAGCUGUCCUCCAGACAAGCAAUCUCCGACUCCGACUGAAGCGAUCGCUUCCAUUCCUACGCCCCAAAAGCAUCACCAACACGCGCAACCAUGCUGACUGCGAAUGGGGCAUGCGAGAAGAGGCGGUUCAAUUGGCGCGAGCCCAGUUCCUUGACCACAUGGAACUUCACAGAAUACAAGAAAGAAGAUCGGCACAACACAAGAGGAGUUCAGAGGGAGAUGACAGGCCAGAGGAUGCGACUGCAAGCCCGCAUAGGGCACCAACAAUACUAGUCCCUCCUCCAUCUCCAGCAGAUCUCCCUAAAGCGCAACAAACCCUGUUUCGUAAGAGAUCCCUCUCGGCUUCUUUACGUAGCCAGUUUCGGAAGAUGUUGGGCAAAUCUGUCCCCGGCAAAUCUGUCCCCGGCAAAGAUGGGAUCCCUCCACAGCAGGUGGAUGCUCGAGGAUCCCCGUUCCCGGACCUCGACCUCGACAUUGGGCAUUCAAGCGCCUUUGAUUCCUACCUGAUUCCCGACAUAUCCCAGACUGUACAGGCUAGAGCUUGUAGUUCAACUGAGAUCGAGCAGGAGUUGCUUGAAAGCCUCGAUCAGGUCUCGGACACACUUCCGGCUGCCGUCAGCAGAGAGUCUCUCCAUUCUAAUACUCGCUCACGAGUGACCAGCUGGACAGACUCUAGCAUUACAGGGUCGAUCGGUCUAAGAUCCGGCCCAAUUGACCGCAACAGACUAUCAGUUAUCAAAGAGGACGGAGGUCCUCAUCAACCUUCAUCCUCGGCAGGUCGACAUAUCGGCGGAGUCGAAGUUUUCCGAGAGCCCUUGCAGACAGUGUCGAACGAUGGGCAGCUAUUGCCACCUGUCGAUAGCCACCGCGUGUAUUCGGCUCUAAUCAAGCGCAUUGGCCAGGAGGAAGCCGAAAUCGAAACAACCCGCAUUGCGCUGGAGAAUAUUAAUAACAAGAGCGGGGCUCAUUCAUCCAUGGCUGGGCGAGCAACAAUCCGGACCGUCUGUAGCGAAUCAUCCUUGAGCACGGCAGCCACAGCGGCCCCUGAUGAGCAGCCCAGAGAAUUCAGUAUUGGUUCGCACACAUGGCACUGCAGCGAGGACGAACCGGGUGCCCAUCAAGACGACUACGGCUCAGGAAAACGACAUGAACGACUGAAGAUAGAAGACUCUCAAUCGAGUUUCUUUCCAUCCUCCUGUGAGCAAAACCCUGCAGCUCCAAGCCCGUUCAGACGCUUCCUCAGUGAGAGACGCCGUCAGAAAUCUAGUUCGGAUUGCACCAGGUACUCGGAAGAUACAGGUACAGUCAUUGUGAAUCAUAACUCCGGUCACUCCAUUCUCCGUCGUCCUCGCUUUGGUUUCAGCAGCGAGAGUGUCUACUCACGAACAACGAAUGGAGGCAUUAAUGAACAGUACAUACCACCACUCGCCAGCUCAGACGAUCUAGGUAGUGGUCACCAGCGAGACCGUGGAGACCCUGGUAUCAUUUCAGUUAUCUCUAGGGGUCAUGUGCGCUCAAAUUCGGAUAACAGCCCAGAGAUUGACCCAUCAUCCCUGGUCCUACAAAAUUCCAGGUGGAAUCCAUGGUCGGAGACACUCACUGCAAUGACAGCUGGAGCGCAAGGGCGCAAUACUAGCCAUGUUUCUAGGCAGAUGGAAGGAAGUACCGAGGAGAUUUCGAACCAGAUCCGACAGAGUUCUACAGCAAGCAACUACCGCACGCCUACGCAUGGAUUGAGAGCGAUUGCCAGCAGCAGCACGCCAAGCACAGGCCCGACAAUAAGUGUGCAGAAACGUCGCAAGGAGGUGGUGAAGACAUCUAGCUGCGGUGUGCUGAACAGCAUCUCGAACAAAACUGGAGUCGACGCAAAGGCGGAUGCAUACCAAAGGAGAUCCAGUCCCGGCAGGUUUAGGAGGCUUUUGCACGAGAAGAAAAGCCAAUUUUCGAUUGUGCAAGAUCAUGGCAAGGAGAAUAUACCGACGGACGAAGAAAUGUCACUCCUCAAUUCGGGCCCAGAAAAGCCUCACAAGGCAUUUGGGGCACGCAAUACUAGCGCCCGACUCAGGAAACGAGCCAGUAAGAUGGUACUAAUAUCCCAUAAAGAUGCAUAUGCAACACCCCCAUGCGGGCAGAGACCAACGCCCAACACCCCGACUAGGUUUGACGGCAGCCCGAGCGAAAGAGCGAAGAAUCAGCUUGUAGCGCGGCUCAGCCGGCCAUUCAACAUGGAUGUCCCUCCUCACAAUCGGCCGUUUGACAGUACGUAUUUGGGGAAAAGAACGCCCGGACACCCUGAUCCCAUGGGCAAUUCUAGACUCAGUGUGGCUCGGCCUAUUCCUGAAAGUGUAGAGGAAUUGCCAUGUCGAAACACGGAUGGUCGACUCGGAGAUGAGGCAACUGCGACACAACCAGCAUCAUUUGGUGUAGUUCGGGGUACUUCGAAAGUUCUGGGAAUUUUCGGCAGCAGGAGAAUGGUAAGCAGCUUCCUCAAGAGUCGCAUGGGAUCAAAAGCCACAAGUGAAGAUGGGCUGAGUGCUGUGGAGGGAAGUCCCGCAUUUAUCUGA